CAUCUCAAAGGUCUAUUUUGACCGCAUUUUUUUUAGCUUUUCGCACAUCCUCCUUCAUGUGAAGUCAUGUCAGGUAAGACUCAGCAGCUCAGCGAGUCUGUGGUGAUCCGCAGCCUCCGGACAUUCAGAGACAGAUACUUUCCAAAUAGUGGGUUUGUUGGGAAAAGUGAUUUGACGUCUGUGGAAGCUAGAGAUGAGCUUCAACCUGGAUUUCUGGAUAGCUUACCGGUGGAUGUGCAGUUCCUGAUCAUGGCAUAUCUGUCUCCUGCUGACAUCUGCCGCCUGGGAGCCACCAGUCAGUACUGGAGGGCGAUGGUGAGAGAUCGGUUACUGUGGAGAUACUUCCUGCUCAGGGACAUGCCAUACUGGACGUCCAUUGAUCAUUUGAGCAUGCCCCAACUGGAGAUAUUGGACGCACCCCUAAUCAAUGCAGAUGAGAGCCUAGAUGACAGAGAAGAGGGGGAUGACAAAGGGAUGGAAUCCAGAUUUGACUACAUGUCAGAAUACCUGAAAGGUUGCCCAUCCUGCAGACAACAAUGGCUUCCCUCUCGCCCGGCGUAUGCGGUCGUGACUUCAUUUCUUCAGUCUCUGGUAGCCUCAGCUGAGCCUCGCUAUGCAAUGUUUGGCCCCGGCAUGGAGCAGCUGGAUGUCUCUUUAGUCAGAAGGCUCAUGCAUGCACCAGAUGUGCUUCCAGUGUCCGGCACUCCACACAGGCAGAUAAAUGGUAUUGGCUCAGGGAUCAGCUACCUGUUCAAUAACCAACACAAAUUCAAUAUCCUGACUCUGUACUCGACAAAUAGGGCGGAGAGGGAAAGAGCCAGGCUGGAGCAGCAGAGCGUCAAUAAUAAACUGUUUUCUUUGGAAGGAACAGAUGACUCCGGACAGCCGAUCUACAUCCCUGCUCCUCAGGUCCAGCAAGUGUGCCAGGUGGUGGAUGGUUUCAUCUACGUAGCCAAUGCAGAGCCCGGAAAAGGUGGAGGUGAGUCUGAGGUGGCUCAGAUUCGGGCUCUGCUGAGCGCCGCCGGGGGUUCGGCUUCCAGGCCUCUGCUGGUUCUCUCCUGCAUUUCCAGAGAAGAACCAGGAGCAAUCAGCAGAAGCACGGACACGUGUCGCACUUCCUGUGUUUACAUGGCGAAGAGACUCGGCCUUCCACAACUGGCUAACCCCUGGAUGGUGCAGGAUACCGUAGCAGAAUCCCUGUCAGGUCUUUUGGAUGGUAUUUCCUGGUUGCUGAGAUGUUCUGGAGUCAAAGUCGUUGGUAGCUAGUUCACAGCUAGUUAACUUCUGCGGCUGCUGCUGCUGCUAGAUGAAUUCAGACCACAGACUUCUCUGCUGUGUCAUCCUGACACCAAGAUACUCCGGCAUUUCCUGAGUAAUGCGUACCAAAUGUGCACUCAGUGUCUCUGGAUGGGAAAACUGCCUGUGGAAUUUAAUGAAUUGGAUGAGCAGCAAGACUGCCAGAACUUUUACUCUCUGUAAGAAAUUACAGAGAAUAAAAGCCAGGGCCUCUUGUUUUUAUUGAAAGAGACAUACAAAGGAUUUAUAGCUGGAUAGAAAGUUAUACAAACAUGUGAGAGCUUCACAAUAACCCUUAAAGAUUUGGGUUGCAUACAGAGCUCUAUGCUGCUGCAGGGUGAUUAAAUUCUCCCUAAAUCAACUGUAGAUUGUGAUGAUUAACCGGCCAUUGGCUGCAUAUUUAAGAUGGAAUUCUCCUUCGCAUAUUUCUUUUCCUGGGACGACAUGAAAUAACAAAAAAUGUCCAAGCCAGCACACUCACAAAAAUGGCAAAGAUUUGGUCCGUUCAGCAACACAGGUCUGCUUGUUUCUUUUGAUGAUUUUGGUGAUUAAGCCUUGUUUAUGCCAGAGUGUGCCUCUCAAUAUUUAAAUGUUCUAAAAAAAAAAGAAAAAAAAAGCUCCAUCCUGGCGCUGUUUAAUAAAGCUAUAUCUUGGGCUAAGCGCUGUGCAAGACUUGGAUUGGUUUACACAAUUAAAACAAUCCACAGAGUGCAGCAUUGUGAAAGGCCCAACUAGACAUUUUUGUCCAGCACUGGCAAAGCCCUAUGCAAGGAAAGUGAAAGUUAAUGCUGCUGCCAAUCUGUAAAUCAAGCACUUGAAUGUAUUGAAAACACAAUGCUUAUGCAAUCAAUACAUUUUGUAAUACAAUAAACUCUUUAUAACUUUA